AUGGAAGCUCCCCCGUUCUACUCCUCCAAAGGCGCCGAAAACGCCACCGCCUUCGUCAACGGCAAGAUCUACACCAUCAACCCCUCCCAACCAUGGGCAGAAGCCUUCAUCGUCUCUCCAAUCGGCACCUUUGACGCCGUGGGCUCCAACGCCGAGAUCAAAGCAAUCGCCCAAAAGCGAAAUCUCGUCCAGUACCAGCUGCAAGGCAAAUUCGUCAUGCCUGGUAUUCACGACGCACACACCCACCUCAUGGCCGCGGGUCGCCAGCGGCUCGGAGAAGCACAUGUCGGCUGGGACAGCACGGAUCAAACCCUCGCGGGAAAUGUCGAGUCCGCGGCGUGUGCGUGCGCCUACGCGAAUGUGAUGGGCAACUGGACGCUGGGGAAUUUCUACCAGGCGAGUAAAUUCGCGGAUGGGAUUCCGGAUCGGAAGUAUCUGGAUGAAAAGUAUCCGGACACGCCGGUGUUGGUGCGGGAGAUUUCGUGUCAUCGGGUGUUGGUGAACACCGCUGGGUUGCGGGAGCUGGGGAUUACAGAGGAUGUCAAGGAUCCGCCGGGAGGAUCGUAUUGUCGGAGAGCGGAUGGCACAUUGACGGGGGAGAUUAUUGAGACUGCGACGGCGGCGGUGUGGAGGAGUUUACCGAGGACGCCGCUCAGCUAUGCGAAGACGGUUGUGGAGUUUGCGAUCUCGGAGUGUCAUCGGUAUGGCAUCAUGUCCGUGCAAGAGGCGUCUGCUAUGUCGACGUACUUGCACGCUGUGAGGGAGUUGGAGGAGGAGAACCGCUUGCCGCUGGAUAUUAACACGCAUAUUGUGUGUGCCCCGGGUGCUUCGACGGGUGAAAGGGAGGGGUCGCUGAGAGCGCUGCUGGAUGUGGCGGAUGCGUUUGAGAGUAAACAUGUCCACACGGGGUCUGUCAAGUUUUGGCUGGAUGGCGCGCCGAUGCCGCCGCAUCCUACGCAUUGUGGGUUGACUGACGAGGGCAAACCGGAUGCUGAGCGUGUGCUGGUGGAGUAUGAGAAGUUUGGUGGAUCACAUUGUUCGAUAUGA